GUAUCUUGCUACCGACUACAAGUGAGGUCAUUCUAUUUGGAUUUUGUGAUUGGUGACAAUGUGAAGGGAAGGCGAUGAGGUUAGGAAUUGGGCCCGUCCUUACCAAAGCUGCCAUGCGUCUGCAAAACUAGUCAGCUGGUGGGAGGAUUGUCCUGUAAGGCCGGGUUGGCACUAUACAAGCGUUCGUAAAGACACAGAGAUGUAAUCCAUAAAUUUCACCUGAGAUUUGACUGAACAUAAAUCAUUUUGUAAGGAUGCUGAAGGGUCUUCUUGAAAGCUUUUCCAUAAUAACCUGACAUUUUGCCACAGGCGGCACAGUUAACCUGAAAACAGAUGCCAUAUUUUGGUCAGUCGAAUGAAAAUGCCAUCUUCGGGAUUAAAGAAAGAACCUGAGGAUUCCAAAUGCCUUUUAUCUCCAGAAAAAGUCAAAGGCAAGGGGCCUUUUCCCAUAGGCCCCUUAUUUCAACAUCGAGCUGAGAAGAUUGUAAUUACACGAAGUGACAGCGUACCAGAUGAGAAUGUACUGCAAAUUACCAUUACAGAAACAACAAUUAUUGAGUCAGACCUGGGGGUCUUCAAUUCUCGAGCCCUUAUCUACCUCAUAUUGUGGUUUUUCUUUAGCUUCUGUACAUUAUUCCUUAAUAAAUAUAUACUUACAUUACUUGAAGGAGAACCAAGCAUGCUAGGUAAAUAUCAAGUGAUUUUGCUUUCAGUUCCUGCUGUUCCAAUUGUUUAGGUGUUUGGCCCAAACAAUGAAAAACUGAGAAGUGGCCUUGCAUGUGUAAAGGUUCCUUGUAGGGUUUCUGUCCAUUCAGCCUGUGAGCCAGUUGGUUAGAUUACUGCACCAGUUGGACCGUGUAUGGCCACCUGUAGCCAUUAAGUACCCUGUUAGGAAAAACUUUUGCAUUUUCCUUAGAUGCUGAAUGAGUGAAGCAGAGGUUUGGGCAGGUAGCAGCAUUACAUUGUUGCAUAGAAGCCCACAUUCUGAAAUGUUUAUUUAACAUUAGAUUCUAUCUUUUGUCAGAGGUCUGUUAUAAUCAUGCAUUUAGGGCUUUGACACACUUGGAGCCACUUCAUUGCCCGCAGGAGAGAAGAUUUUCGACUGGGCAAUAAAGAACUGUUGUUUAUUUGUUCAUGUGAUAAACUAGAACUCCACUUAUCUUAGAAAACAACAGAAAAAUGGUUUGCAAUCUUGAUAUGUGUUCUCUGUUAAUCUUAGGUGCUGUCCAAAUGCUGACUACAACUUUCAUUGGCAGCAUAAAGAUGUUUAUUCCCUGUUGUCUGUACCAGCAUAAAACAAGGCUCAAUUACCCUUCAAAUUUCCUCAUGAUAAUGCUGUUUGUGGGACUAAUGAGGUAAUUCUUCUAAACAAAACCUAUGAAAGUCAAGUGUUCUUUGAGUUUACAAUUUUAUUAUAAGUGUUACUUUUUAUUCCUUAUUAUUCAAUUCAGCUCCUCUUCUAUACAUAUUUCAGUCUCUCAUUCAAACACAAGAUUGUAGCAACCAGAUGGCUGCUAAAAUUCCAAACUGGAGUGCUGCUAAACAACUGAAAAACCACAAGAAAAUCGAUAUUGUCUAAGAAUAUAAAUGUCUAUGUCACACUGACAGUUAAUUCAAAGGUAUAAACAUUGUCUCAGUCAGUUAGGAGCUGCAUUUAUGCUACUAUGCACAGUAUUAAAAAAAAAAAAAAA